CUUCUUGUUUCAGCUGGGCAACACUCUGGUGGGUCCCAGAUACACAGAAAUCUGUGGUUAGGGAUUACUGUCAGACUCCACACCAGAGCCAUCCAUUUCACGUACAGCAGCAAAGGGAACAUUUUGGGUUUUUUCCCAGCUUGGCAGGACAUGAAUCAAAGCAAAGGCAGGCGAGCAUACCUGGAGCCAAGGAAAACUGGGAGGUGCUGAGUUACCAGAACUGCUUUCAAGUGUCAAGGGAAAGGAACAUGUAUGUGUAUGUAGGUGUCUGGCAUCUCUUUGGCUCCAUUCCAUUUUGGGAUAGUCCAGGCAGGAGAACAGUAAAUCCCCAAAAUAUAUAUUUUCUGGCUUAAAUUUGAGUGGGAGUAGUACAUGUGGCAAAGGGCAGUGAAAAUCAAACCCAUUCCUUCUUGGCUUCAAAAGCUUGGACUGCAAGGGAGCUUCUGUUCAGGUAGGACAUAAGGGCAGGGUUUUCCUUAUUCAGCAAAAGAGUGAGGCAGGGUAACACAGUGGUGGCCAAACUAAAUAGUAGCUCUUUUUCCAGGCACCCUGUUUAUCUUUUAUGGCCCUACAACUCAAGUGGUUUACAUGGUGCUGAGUGGCAUCUUGCCUUAAAUUGUCAGAAAAGUUUUAAGGUUAAUGGCUGAUGUCCGGAGCACUUUGUUGUCCAAAAAAUGCCCAUCCCUCCUCUCCUCUCUCUGCGUGAGUUUCCUCCACUUGCUCAAACUGUUCCUCCUGCAGGAAGGGCUCACCUGCUUAUACUGCAGCUGCUGAACAACCACACCAUCCAAAAAACAGGCAGUGGUCUGCAGUGUUGCUUGGCACAGCCCAGCCCAACAGCGCCAAGAAGUCAGGCUGGGACCCUGAAAGGGGGUCUCAGGGAGAAUGGCUUUUUGUAGAACAUGUUCCCCCCAUCCCAAGUCCCACUCAUCCCAGUCAUCUGUUACAGCUCUAGAGGUAUUAAGAAGCCUGAACGUUCCCCAAACUGAGUGAAGACACAAAUUUCUAAGUAUUUUUUGGCCACCUAACUAUGCAGGUGGCCCUGAGGAAGACCCCUCACGUACUCAGCCAGACUCAAGGGCAGCGGGUGUGAAGAUUUUCAGAACCACUGUGCCUCAUGAAGUGUCUCAGUGCUUUGACAGACUCGGCCAUGAGAUCUUUUGGAUUAUGGACCCUGGCACGUGCCAGAUUUCCUAAGUGCAAAGUGCACCUAGUGUGAGUACUGCUAGAGCAGGAAGGGAAGUGGUCCAGUGCCAGGCAGAAGCAAUUCACUUGGUGUACAGAGAUGGAGCAGCCUUCUUCUUAGUGGGACAUCUGCAGUAGCAGGUCAAGCAUCUUCCCGGUUUUCUUCAUCCAUGCUUUUGCCCACACCUGCCAAAACAUGGUCCCUUUGGUGUAGAGGCUGAGAUCUCACCUUCCUGCUGCCUGGUAGGGUGAGGCAGAGCUGAAACACUUCCAGCUACCGGUCAGGGCAAUGGAAAGGGUUAAGGAGCAACCUGAUGAACAGCCCUCUGGUUGGGUUAAAACCUCUGGAGCUGAUGUUUGGUUUCUUAUCUUACAGAAUUGAGAGCAAUUUUGGAAAAUUAAAAGCACGUGAAGCCACUGUGUGGUCUGGUGGUUGGGUUGCAUUUGCCACCAAAAGAGUCUCACGCUCCUGGAUGGUGCCACUCAGAUUUUUAUGAGGUCUAAAUGUAAUGCUGCUGCCAGGCAGCUCCACAGCACUAACCACCCCUGUCCUUGCAGAAUUGCCAUGGGGCAGAGGACAGUAUGGCAAACAUAGCUGUCCUCACUCCAGAGGAUGGGAAUCACCGCGAGGAGAGUGAUUUACACUGGAAUUGCCUCAGAACUGGCAAUUCAAGUCUGGCGCUGGGAACCACACUCCAUCCCCAGUCAUCAGGGCAAGGAAAAGGGAUGGGCAAACACUAGGUCAGCCCCUCCUGCCCCCCAGCCCCAGCAGGUCCCACAGCCAAGAAGGGGUGUCACCAAGCUGCUCCUCAGAUAGACACAGACCAAAGCCUUAUCCUACAACAUAAAUUUGGGAGCUGGACAAGAGCAAAGGCACAGUCACACGCACCACAGGCCUGCUGUGCAAGGUAACUCCUUUUUGCGGGAAGGGAUCCCAAAUUUAGAGGUGAAAACCUAUCAUGUUGGAAGCUUCCCUCAAACUGUGAUUGUCUAAAGGCAAACAAGAAACUAUCUUUGGGGAGAAAGCAGUUGGCUUGCAUGGGAUUGCUCUGCCCACAGCUGGCAGGGCUGCCCAGCACCUGCUUCCCAUCUCCACAGUGAGCAGAGAAAUGGGUGUUUCUGCAGCAAGGGACCCUCCAGAGGGAAUCCCAUGAAGAGCUGGGAAGAGGUGGGCAUGAAGUACCAGUCUCAUCUCUCAAGAAGAAGCAAUGAUGGCAGGACAACCCUACCAAAGCCACAGUGGAACUGCUUUUUUUAGGUGUUAGAACCAUCCUACAUUUUGAGAAAGGAUUACUCCAGGAAAAAAACCAACCAACCUCUGCACCACCAUGGCUGCACUCAGCCUGGGGGGCUCACAGCAGCUCCUCACAGAGGGGUUAAACCAGGAAUCUCCAUGCCAGGCCCUUUGUCACACCAUGGUAGGGACUGGGGCACUCAGUCCUCCCUUGCACUCCCCUCUGCCUCUGUUGGCACUGGCAGCAUCCCUCACGGACAUCCCUUCCGAGGGGCUAUGGGGCAGGUGGCCCCUCUCUGUUCCCUCGGCCACCUAAAUGCUGUUUCACACCUCAUGCUGCUGUUGCCAUCGCUGACACACAAGAUAAAACGUGUGGCAUUUUGCUAAAAGUCAUAGGAAGUCGUUCCAGCUAUACUCCCAGCCUUUCCUUACGCUUAGCUUAGCAGACUUUCAGUACAUUCAUUCCCUUCUUUUUUCCCUUUUAACAAAAACAAGCAGAGUGCUAAGAAAUGCAACCCCUCUGGGAGGCUUUCAGCCUUGGCUGGAGCCGCCUGAGCCUCCCCCCGGAGCAGGGAGGCUGCCGCUGGCCCGGGCUCAGCGGACGGCUUUCUGGGACAGUCAUUCCUGACUCCAGCCGGUGUCCGGGCGGCUGUGUGAGGGCAGAGCGAAGCCACUCCACGAUCGCUCGGCACCAGACGGCAGCGGCAUGGCGCUCCGGGGAGCCUGCCUCCCACUCUGCCUCCUCCUCUGCCUCCUCUCUCUCGCCCAGGUCUCCGGCCAAGUCCGGCAGAAACCGGCGGCUUCCAAGAAAGAGAGUGUGAGCCUCAAAAUGAUUGAAGACCUGAAAGCCAUGAUUGACAACAUCUCUCAGGAGGUUGCUCUACUGAAGGAGAAGCAAGCGCUCCAGACAGUUUGCCUGAAAGGCACCAAAAUUCACCUAAAAUGCUUUCUGGCAUUUUCGGACACCAAGACGUACCACGAGGCCAGCGAAAACUGCAUCUCACAGGGGGGCACGCUCAGCACCCCCCAGAACGGGGAGGAGAACGAUGCUCUCUAUGACUACAUGCGCAAGAGCAUCGGCUCGGAGGCAGAGAUCUGGCUGGGCCUCAAUGACAUGGCAGCAGAGGGCAAGUGGGUCGACAUGACAGGCAGCCCCAUCCGCUACAAGAACUGGGAGACUGAAAUCACCACCCAGCCCGACGGCGGCAAGCUGGAAAACUGUGCAGCUUUGUCGGGGACCGCCAUCGGCAAGUGGUUCGACAAGAGGUGCAGAGAACAGCUGCCCUACAUCUGCCAGUUCAUGAUCGUGUAGCGGCAGGGCCUCCCCCCUGCCCGCCCACAGCCCAUGUCUCCCCCCUCAGCAGCAGGAUUAUGAAGCUAUAGGUGUGUGUACGUGCACGUGCACAUGUACGUACGCACACCCUUGCGCACGUGUCCAAGUAGAGUCACUCUUUGCAAAGAGAGUCGUCACGGCUCAGUGUCAGAUUGUAGAGCGUUAGAGCAUUUCAUUUGGCCAUAACCAGCCCUCUUAGCAGCUGCACUGUUCUUUCUAAGGCAUGAUUCAUAGAUAUAUUUUUUUACACAGGGAAUUUAUUAGGAUGGCUCAGUUGUUUUGGCAAAGAACCAGUGCAGCAGUCCAGCCUAGCAUACAGCUGCCUCAGCUGCCCAGGGCUGUCACUCUACAAUGUCCUUUCCCAUCUUGCUGAGCUUUGUUGGGACACCAGCAGAGCUAAUUUCUUCUUUCUUCUCUUGUUUUCCUUCCCCAAAAACCUUGGCAGUGAUCCGUGGGAGCUCCUUGUUCCUCGUAGUGCCAUGAUUCAGCCUGCUGAGGAUCAAGGUCCUGUCUCAAUGAGUGGAGGGAGUUAUUCCUGCUUUGCAUUGACAGAUACAAUUGGGCUUAUUUGGCAGAGUACCAGCUGUUCAAUGAGUUGUCCAACUAGUUGAGUUAUGUGCAUGAACAAAUUAGCAAGUUACAGACAUGUUUGGUCCUUUCCUCAUCUGCCAGAAGCCAGUUUCACUGACUUCAGUGGGAGAGCAACGCCCACUGCCAGAUCUUUUAAUGAAAAAAUCCCAUCAGCAGCUUUAUUUAUGCUGCAGCAUCAUGGUGGAAGCAGGAAUGACUUGCAACAUAGUUAGUCAAAUAUAUUAUUAAAAAUAGAAGAUGAACGUAUUACGUAAAUAACAUAAACAUAAUGCUAUUAGGGAAUACACUGCUAUAUAAAAGCAAUGGUGUAUUGAAAACAAACUCCAGGACAACUCACUUCAGCAGCUUUAGGAAUAACCUGACCUGUUUUUGUGAUGAGAACCCAGAUGAAAUAGUCCAGUUGCUAGUCCAGACACAGUCCUCGGCAAGCAUAAAUCUGCUGAGCACUGUGCCAAUAUAGUCAUGCCCAGUUGAAGGUCUGGCCUCAGUAAUUUUUUACUGAGACAUGAGUAAAAGAAUAGAAAUAAAUUUAAAUUAACAGCAAUGAUGGGAAAGUAGUGCAGAUCACCCCGGCAGCUUAAUGAAGCUCUGCUGGCUGUUGGCUGAAAUGUAUCAGAGAUUCUUUGCAGUCUAGUGCUUGGUAAUAACCCCUCCAGUUUGGCUCACAUCCCUUGUGCUUCCAGGUUGGGGGUGUCAAGACAUGAUGCUGUUGGGGAACCCACAGGAUAGGUAUUCCAAUUUGCUGCUUUGUUUAAAAGCAGCAUGAUGGUAGGUCUUCCAAGACAUCAAGUUUGAGCCAAGCUGGAAACACACAUACGCAAAUGCAGAGUGCACGCUUCUGAGGCUGUCACUAUUGCCAAACUCUCUGCUGUUCAAAUGACUAUAAAAUAAAAAUAUCUACAUAGCUUGCUGAA